AUGUUCACUAGUACUGCAACCACUAGUGAGUACUCAAUCUUGGAGUGCCCACCAACAAUUAGGCCAUUGGUCAUGGAUAGAACCACAUCCAAGUGGAAGUACAACAACAUUGAGAUAGCACCAAAUUGUCCUAGAUGUGCUUCCACCAAUACCAAAUUUUGCUACUACAACAACUACAGCCUCUCUCAGCCUCGUUAUUUCUGCAAGGGAUGCCGGAGGUACUGGACCAAGGGUGGCUCCUUGAGGAAUGUCCCGAUCGGUGGGGGUUGCCGGAAGAGCCGCCGUGCUAGGGCCACCAAGCAAGUGGGGGGCACGAAUUGCACGGCCCCAGCUCUUAGCCCGGUGUGCAUGGGGUCCAGUUCUAAUGAAUCGGAAAGCGGGCUGGAUAUCGAUCUGGCCGCAGUGUUUGCAAAGUAUGUGAACCAGAAUGGGGAGAAUGAGGAGUCAUCUUGUAGCCCUGGAGCUAGCAGUGGAUCAUCUGAUCAUAAUGUGCAGGCGAGCCCGUUGGAUUUGGAUGGCCAGAUGGAAGAUAUGGCAAUGUUUGAUCAGUAUCAGAAAGGGGCGGUGGAUUUAAUCAGUGGAGGAGAUGAUCAGAUACAGCAAGUGAUUCCUCAUGAAUUCUCCAUGCAUGAAGAUCAUGAUCAGUUCAAUGGUCAGGAUUUUGUGUACCAAGAUUACAAUGCUUUUGAUCAGGUGCAGCAGGGUAUAGCACUGGGUGAUGAACUCUCAGCAGAUAUGUUGUGGUCAGAGGGCACAGAUUUACCAGGUUUCGAGGAUCAACAAUCAAUGAUGCAGCUCCAAGAUUCAUUUGGGUUUAUCACAAAUGAUGAACAGCUCAGAUUUUCUGCAAAUCUAGUAAGCGAUAAUUGGGGAUCAUUUGAUCUGUAUGCCUAA